CUGUUUGUAUGAUUCUAUUGUACCAUGAGAGCAUCAUGGUAUCCCGCAAAAAAAAUGAGAGCAUCAUGGUUUAUUGGUUUUCCAACCUAUAUUUUUCCUUCAAUUCAAAAGAAGGGACCAAAUGCCUACCUUAUUUGGUGAUUCCAAAUCCACUGCACUCACAUUUUCUUCCCCUCCGCCUCUGUUUCCGCCUUCUCUGUCACGGACUCUCCCUCUGCCUCUGCUCCUGCUUCCACCUCCUUGGUUGCCGAGAUCAGCAUUGUUAAAUUGGCGCUGAAUGUCGCUGGCGAUCGCGAGCAGAGGGAAUUACCAGCCAUGUGCUCUGCAAGACGGUAGUAGUAACAAUUGGAUGUAGCCACGACUGCAACCAACCUUUACCUAGUGUCUGUCUCUCUGUCUUGUGCUGAUGUGUUGGAAGACUCUUAAGAUUGCCUCAAGAACAUGCUUCAUUGUCACAACUAUUUACACUUCUUAGUGCAGCAAUCUUUAUUAGUAUGAUAUACAUGUCUAGAAGCGCGGAUGACCAGCAUCCACACAAAUAUCCUAACUGUCGCGUCAAAGCCCACUGGCUCAUCUUAAGCGCCGGGUUUCAGUGAACGAUGCACGCUCAUACUGAAAGUCCAUCAGUCUAGCCCAAUCACUAGCAUUGAGCCGUUGAAUCACGAGAUUCCAACUUGAGCCUGUCUACUUUUCUCACCUGUCAAGCAACACCCCAGUUCUAAACUGUCAACUGUGAGGUGAGGUUGGACUCUAAACAUUUUUAGUAAGAGUCGUAGUAAAAGAAAGGAGUAGUGGGAUAGCACAGUUUCUAUAAAAGCAUCGUCCUCAUUACAAACACAAGAAGAGGCAUUUUGAGUUUCCUUGUGCUGCUUUAGUUGUUGUUGCAACAUGCGCAGCAUGGACUACCACAUGUCCAGGAAACCUAGAGAUCGGCAGCACAACAGCUGCAGGUCCAGGGCCCUGGUUCUACUUAUCGUCGUCGCCACCAACACAGCCACCUUCCUCCUCUUCUCCGACGCCAGUUACUUAGUCGGCAAUGGCUCCGGCGAGCACGACCGCAGCGUCCCCUUCUGGAACUCCGGUAACAUCACGGAUUACGCUCUCGCUGCGAGCCACGAUGAGCUCGUGCACCUGCACGACCACCUCGCCACGGCAAACUCCCUUGUCGAGACGCUCCUGGGCCUAAAGGCUACUGCCAGCGACAUGGCAGCCGCCAGGGAUGAGCAGAAGCAUGUCGGGGUUGACGGACUGUGGCAAUGGGAGCUCACCAGCGAGCUCCAGCUGGCCGUCGGCCCCCACAAACUGCCAUUAGGCUUCACAAAGAACCUGGGGUCCAAUCAGCUGUUCCCGACGGUGGGGCAAGCGUGCCACCAUUUCCCGGACGAGCUGGAGCGCUAUAUGGACUACAAGCCCGGUGGCGAGUGUCCGUCCGAUGAGCAGUUUGCACAGCGGCUCAUGCUCAAGGGCUGCGAGCCAUUGCCACGACGGAGAUGCCGGCCACGCCGCCCGAUAGGGUAUGCUGAGCCCACACCACUGCCAGCGAGCCUGUGGGCCAUGCCGCCAGACACCAGCAUCGUGUGGGACGAGUACACGUGCAAGAACUACUCCUGCCUUGUCAACCGCCGCAAGACCAAGGGUUCCUACGACUGCAAAGACUGCUUCGACCUGCUCAGCGGCCGGGAGAAGGGCCGGUGGAUGCGCGACGACGAUGCACUCUCAUACUCCAUUGAUGCCGUGCUUGCAACAAAGCCAAAUGGCACGGUGCGCAUUGGGCUCGACAUUGGGGGUGGAUCAGGCACGUUUGCUGCACGGAUGCAGGAGUGUGGGGUGACCGUGGUGACCACGUCCAUGAACUUCGAUGCCCCAUUCAAUAACUUCAUAGCUUCGCGGGGUCUUCUCCCCAUGCACCUGAGCAUCGCGCACCGGCUACCGUUCUUUGAUGGCAUGCUCGACAUUGUGCAUUCGAUGCAUGUGCUUAGCCACUGGAUCCCCGAUGCCAUGCUCGAGUUCACCUUGUUCGACAUUUACAGAGUGCUGAGGCCCGGAGGAUUGUUCUGGCUCGACCACUUCUUCUGCCUCGGCACGCAAAUGAACACAACAUAUGUGCCCAUGUUCAAUCAAAUCGGUUUCAACAAGGUGCGGUAG